GUUAAUGCUUUCUCACUUCCUAUCCCCUACAGACACACUCUCUCUCUCUCACUGACCCAGCAAAAACCGAUCGAACCCUAAAUUCGUUCUCCCGUCACAAAAAUCAGCGGAACGCAGUGCAUGGUUUUUGUUCUCCCUCGCAAGCUAAGGCUAUGGCUUCCGAUACUGCCUCUUCUCGCUCGAGUUCCGCCGCGGAUUCCUACAUUGGUUGCUUGAUCAGCUUGACCUCCAAGAGCGAGAUCAGAUACGAAGGUGUUCUCUACAAUAUCAACACCGAUGAGUCCAGUAUUGGCCUCCGAAACGUGCGAUCUUUUGGAACUGAAGGAAGGAAAAAAGAUGGUCCACAGAUUCCUCCAAGUGACAAGGUGUACGAGUAUAUACUAUUCCGUGGGACUGACAUCAAGGAUUUACAGGUUAAAUCUUCUCCACCUGUCCAGCCUACUCCACCAAUAAAUGCUGAUCCAGCUAUUAUUCAGUCUCAGUAUCCUCGCCCAGUCACCACCACAUCUACAAAUAUACCUCCAGUAACUGGAUCUUUGACAGAUUUUAGUUCUCAAAACACACAGCUAGGACUCCAUGGAUCAAAUUAUCAAGGACCAUUACCUUUAUAUCAACCUGGAGGGAACAUAGGAUCAUGGGGAGCUUCUCCAAAUGCCCCAAAUGCAAAUGGUGGUGGACUAGCUAUGCCACCAAUGUAUUGGCAGGGAUAUUAUGGUGCUCCAAAUGGGCUUCCUCAGUUACAACAGCAAUCUUUGCUUCGACCACCACCUGGGUUAUCAAUGCCUUCAUCUAUGCAGCAGCCAAUGCAGUUUCCUAAUUAUAGCCCUUCUUUGCCAGCUGCACCUUCAAAUUUGCCAGAACUCCCAUCAGCUUUGCUCCCAUUGAGUACUAGUUCUGCCAAUGUAACAGCUACUUCUAUACCUCCAUCUAAUCUCCCAUCAACUUUGCACCCACUGAGUGCUAGUUCUGCUAGUGUGACAGCCACUUCUGUAUUUCCAUCUAAUAUGCCAUCAACUUUGCCUCCAGCUCCUUCUACUGCUCUAGCACCUGAAUCUUUGCCAGUAUCAGUUCCAAACAAGAUUGCUGCUGUUUCGCUUCCAGCAGCCCCAGUCACCACUAACCGACCAUCGUUGACUCCUUUUACCAAUGGAGCUCCCGAUAUAGGUGCUGUAGUACCACCAGUCAACAAACCUAAUGCAAUUUCUGGUUCAAGCUUGCCAUAUCAAAGUGCAUCCCCAUUAGCUCCUGCACUUGUUGGAUCAUCAAAUUCUAUACAUAUGGAUGCACCAGCCCCUCCUUUGGUAACACCAGGUCAAUUGUUGCAAUCUGGACCAACUGUAGUAUCUUCAUCUCAGCCUUCACAAACUCAUAAGGAUGUUGAGGUGGUUCCUGCAUUAUCAACAUUACCUCCAGAGCCAUCUGUUCCAGUUUCUGCUGAAGCUCAGCCACCAAUACUGCCACUGCCAGUAACAUCGCGGCCUAAUCAGAGGCCUGGGGGAGCUCCUAUGCAUACUCAACAUGGCUACGGAUACAGGGGACGUGGAAGUGGAAGAGGAAGAGGGACUGGGGGUUCACGCCCAGUUGCAAAAUUCACUGAAGACUUUGAUUUCAUGGCAAUGAAUGAAAAGUUCAAAAAGGAUGAAGUAUGGGGUCAUCUAGGUAAAAGCAAUAAGUCCCAUUCAAAAGAUAGAGAUGGCGAGGACGCAAGUGAUGAAGAUGACAGUCAAUAUGAAGACAACGGUGAUACAUCAAAAACGGACGCCAAGCCUGUUUAUAACAAGGAUGAUUUCUUCGACACGCUUUCUUGUAAUGCACUUGAUCAUGAUUCACAAAAUGGAAGGGUUAGAUAUUCUGAACAAAUCAAGAUUGAUACUGAGACUUUUGGUGAUUUUUCAAGGCACCGUGGUGGCUGGGGAGGCCGUGGUGGACGCUCUCGAGGUGGUGGUUAUUAUGGAAGGGGUUACGGUUAUGGCUAUGCAGGAAGAGGAAGGGGCCGCGGCAUGUCUAGUCGUCCUUAGGUGGCAGCAACAGCCAGCGGUUCAUUAAGUUGUGGUGGCGAUGUGGAUCAUACUCCAAGCCAAGCCACCCACUGAAGCAGUGUUUCUUGAGGCUAUGCUUCAUGUAUUUUCACACUUAAGUAGGAUAGUCAUUUCUUGUCAUCUCGCUUUCUCCUUACCAUCUCUUUACUCAAAGGAAUCUGUCUUGGUGAAAAGGUGUCUACUCAUUUUGUUUUUAGUUCAUGAUCAGGAAGAAACAGAAGUUUAGAUUUUAGACUAGUGUCUCGUGGUGUAUUGUUUAUGCAUGUAAGGAAGAGCAAGUUUUCGAUUUCAGGGAUGUCUUAUGUUGUAUUGUUAUUUGUUUGCAUUGUAAAUGCAAGUUUCAGUUUUUGUUAUGCAAGUAGCAGAUUCUAACAUGGGGUGUGUGAUAUUUGCUGACCAUUAUGAUUAAAAUGUAGUACACAGUUAUGGGAAACACUUGUACGGUCAUUGCAAGUGGAUUUGUGUUUUGGAAGCAGCAUCCGCACAUAGGUUGAAAAAAAUACAGCACAUUCCAUUCUA